AUGGAUAGGCACAGCAACUCGCGACAUGGCCGCCAGCCGCUCGCUGACACGACCAAGCGAGUCAACAAUACAACCGUCGUCAGCACGGCGCGUUCCCAUCACAAAGGCAAUGAUGAGAACUACGUAUUGAGGUCCAAGAAGGUUGUCAGAGGCUCGUCAACAUCUGUUGUCGCCGGUACAAGUCAUCAAGUCGAGCGUCAGACGAAAGGCACAUCAGAUCGACCAGUUGCAGUAGAACGGCCUGCGCCAGUCAAUCAGCAUCUUUCAGCUGUUUCUCAGGAAGUCGACCUCGAAGCCGCCCGGCGCAUCUCUCAGUUUUCCAAUGUUUCUUCCAAUGCCUCCACCACAAGACAGCUCAAGACACACAUUGGACCUUGGCAGCUGGGCAAGACUUUAGGCAAGGGGACUUCGGCGCGUGUUCGUCUCGCACGUCACCGUGUUACUGGCCAAUUGGUGGCCAUCAAGAUUUUGUCCAAAAGCACCGCCUUCAUCAACCAGUCGGGUAGUCUGGCGAAUCUUGACCGGCUCGAAUAUCGAACUCCCCAAACCGAUGCGGAAGGCGGUCUUCGUCGAAUGCCGAUAGCUAUCGAGCGCGAAAUUGCCGUCCUUAAGCUCAUCGAGCAUCCAAACAUUAUCAAACUGCUUGACAUAUGGGAGAACAGGUCGGAGAUCUACAUGGUCACCGAAUUUGUUGAAAAAGGCGACAUGUUCGAGUUUAUCCGCUCCGUUGGUGCUCUACGUGAAUGGGAGGUCGUCUUUUACUUCCGCCAGAUCAUGAGUGCGUUGGAUUACUGCCAUUCAUUGAACAUCUGCCACCGAGAUCUCAAGCCGGAGAACAUUCUGCUUCACAGCAGUGGUCAGGUCAAAAUUGCAGACUUUGGGAUGGCGGCUUUGCAACAAAGCCAACACCAUCAGCUCACAACGGCCUGUGGAAGUCCUCACUAUGCGGCUCCCGAGUUGCUUCGACACCAGGCCUACAAAGGCUCAGCGGUCGACAUUUGGAGCAUGGGCGUCAUCCUGUUCGUCAUGCUUGCUGGCUAUUUGCCGUUUGAUGACGACGACCUUGGUGUCAUGAUUCAAAAGGCCAAACGCGCCGAGUACCGCAUGCCCCCGCAUUUGAGCAGGGAAGCUCAGGAUCUGAUCCGGAGGAUGCUGGUGCCCCAGCCUGCGAAUCGUAUCACCAUGGCCCAGAUGUGGCAGCACCCGCUCAUCCUCAAGUACCCCGAUAUUCCACAAUGCUUCGAGUGGGAACAGCGCCAGCAAUCAGGUUUGCAGAAACGCAAUGUCUCGUCCAUCCCUGAGGCGGAGGUGGACAUUCAGAUUCUGAGACAGCUCAAGGCGCUCUGGCACGCGUACCCCGAAGCUGAGCUCAAGCUCAAGUUGGCCCAGGAAAAACCGAACGACCAGAAACUGUUCUAUCACCUGCUCUAUAAUCACCGUGAAGUCCAGUUGGAAAACUACAACAACAACGUACCCAUCUCGAAGAGCGAUUAUCAUCACCUCAAGCCUCCCAACUGGGGCAAACGCAUCUCCACUUGCGAGUUUACCCAGCCAGGGCGAUACGGUCAGAAACGAGCAGUGUCAAAGUUCACAGUCAUCUCGAAUGUGCCGGGGAAAGCAGACAAGGACGAAACGGGCACAAUACGCAGCUAUGAUCCUUACAAUGCGUCCCGGGUGUUCCAUUCUGUCCCGUACGCCAGUCACGCCAAGAUUAUAGUUCACCGCAAUGGCUCUCAGGAUGGCAUCGGACGUUCUCCCACCACUGUCUCGCACUCGUAUCGUUCAUACAGGUCCAAGGGUGGUUCGGUGCGACACCAGCUUCGAAACCCUUCGCAACGGACCGCGACAACAGCCGGUCGUCUGCGAACCCCUCGGGGCUCCAUGGGCUCAAUUCAUAGCCACCACAGCACCCCGAGAGUUCGUGUCAGCAGCAGGCUCUCCAGGCGUGGGGUUGACUUCUCAGCAGUCCGCAAAGGUCAGAAGUAUCAGGGAAGCCGACAUGGUUCUGUGGCUGCCCCAGCUAGCAUUGCGGGCGACAACACGACAUACGACCGCGAUGCCUACUCACCACGGAAAGCCACCAAGACCCCAGGGCCUAUGACCACCGUGUCUAUGGCUGACGUCAAUAACAACAAGAAGGAGGAGAGGGUGCUUUGGGGCGAAGAACUCAAACAGUUUCAUACCUCGAUUGCCCGAGACAUUGACGAAGCCUUCGGUAGCUCACUCCUCGUGUCAGCGCCCAGCGAGACGUUACUUCAGAGCCGUGAAGGGAGCCACUUGAGCUUUUCUUUGGCUGAUUCGUCUUUUGCGCAAAUGUCGCAGUCGUCGCUUGCUGGUCCGCGCUCGUUUGCGAGUAACCAGCGAGAGUAUAGCAGACCAUUGCCUCCAGUUCCGUCCCGAUCCACCGUCUCUCCUCUGUCAAUCCGCAAGCAGAGUCUGGAGGUUGCGCCUGUAACGCAUAAAGUCUCACUCCUUGACCCUGGCUCAAGCAUUCAUCUUCCUGAUCGUCGGGUGGUGUCAGAUCCGAUUCACAACCGCUCAGUGAAGACAGUCAACCCGCUUCCAUCUAUUUAUGAGAGCAGCCCGGAGGCUGUCCCUGCGGAAACCCCAGCUCGUGUUAAGAACAGAGGGCUGGAUUAUUUGUCCCGGGCUGAGAACACCAUUCGGGUGGUGAACUCGCCAACGGCGGUAGAAGGUGGCGAUCCGGCUGCGGUCCCGCGGCCGCUCAACGUCCGCAAGCUAUCUCUCCAUCCAACCAAGAACGAACGCCCUACCACUGUUCAGGAGUCACGAAGACAUGCAUCCUACUCGGGUCAUCAACCGACCCGUUCGGUUGACAAUACAGAGAAUGGCGUUGGUGCGCAGCCCAAGAACAGGGUGUCAUCUUGGUUCAAACGCGCCUCCAAGGAUGGAAACAGCCCUGCCGUUACCCCCACCACCGGGACGUUCCCCCAGCACGGCGAGGAAUACGCCGGUUCGGAGGCUAGCGGGCCCAGCAGGCCUGUCUCGUAUUCCAUCGACGAGCCUGCGGCAUCGCGCGCUCAGAAGAAGAAGGCGUUUGGUUUGUCGUUCUGGAAGAGCAACAAGGAUGGGCCGAAGAUGUCUAUUGGAGAUUCCGAGUUUGAAGAUGUGCACGUCCACGAAGACGGCAGGUCUCAGAAGAGAUCUAAGGAGAAGCACAACAGUAUGGCCGCUCAAAGUGUCUGGUCUGAGAGCGAUGGGGGUGGCCGUAAGAUUGAGGUGCAGCAGAACUGGCUGGCACGGCUAUUCAGGGUCAAGCCGGCCAUGCGAUAUCUUUGCUUUGCCAUCCCCAAGCGGCGCGCGCGUCAGGAGAUGGCGAUCUUGCUUCGUGACUGGCGCAAGUAUGGCAUCAAGGAUAUCGAGGUUGACAAGGAGCGCAACAUCAUCUUUGCCCGUGUCGCUGCCAAGAACUAUCUCAACCUCAAGGAAGUAUCUUUUGCCAUCGAGCUCAUGACCGUCAUUGAGCACGGGAAGCGAAACCAGCUCUGCAUUGCUCGGUUCACACAGGAGAAGGGCGCCGCCAGCAGCUUCCACAAGGUGGUGGAGGCCAUCAGCACUGCUUUCGAUAACCGGGCUCUCAUGGUUACCGACAAGCGGAAGAUCAGUAUGAUGAUCAAGACGCUCAACUCCUAA